AAGAUGACAGAGGAUGGGACUAGAGUGUGGAGAUCAAGAGGAGAUCAACUGGAGGUGAAGAUUAAGACUGGACUAGUCUGCUAAACUACACUAUCUGAAAAAACAAGGGAUUGGUUUGUGUUUAAAGGACCUGUUUUAGUGGACUCAGAGAGAACAAUGUUGAAACAAACAGAUACUCCUGAGACUGUGCGUCUGUCUCACUCCAUCAAUGAUGAAGAGAUAAAGUAUGUGAAGGAGAGGAAGACUCUGAUUAAGAAGUGGCUGGAAGGUCAGGGUAUCGACUGUGAACUGGAGGAUGUUCCUAACAUAGCGUUGCUGGGGUCAGGUGGAGGAGAGAGGGCAGCAGUGGGCAUGCUGGGAUCUCUGCAUCAGCCGGAACAGGACAACCUGCUGGGCAGCCUCCUCUACAUGUGUGGGGUGUCAGGCACCACCUGGUGCAUGUCAUCCCUGUACAGCGAUCCAGAUUGGUCAUUGAAUAAGCGUUGUGAUGAGGUGAUAAAGAAGCUGAAGGGUCCUACAGUGGACUUGAGCAAGAUUGUGGAGUGGCUGAAAUCGAGGAAAGGACUAAACCAGGAAUUCAACCUCACUGACUUCUGGGGCGCCUUCACUGCCUCCUAUUACAUGAAAGAGAUGAACACUCGCUGUCUCUCUGAAGAAGCUCACAGGAACAGCACCAACCCCUACCCCAUCUACAGCGCCAUAGAACUGGAGCACAACAAACUGGACUGCACUAAAGCGGUGUGGUUUGAGAUGACCCCCCAUGAGAGUGGCUUCUCCGGAUUGGGAGCUUUCGUCUCCACUUCCUGUCUUGGGAGCCAGUUUGAAGGUGGAGCUCUGACAGAGAAGAGGAAGGAAAUGGACAUGGUUCUGCUGCAAGGUAUCUGUGGGAGUGCCAUUGCAGAUGGGCAGAGGAACAUUGCGGAGGUAAUACAAUGGAUCUGGGACUUACUGGGAGGGAUCGAGAGCAUGAUGUUGAAGGAGAACAUGAAUAUGGUUGAGAGAAGCGGGAAGGUAAAGGUGUGUGAGUGUGUGCCCUCCCGAGUGGUGAGGUGUGUGUCUGAGCUGAUCAAGUACGCUGAGGACCCAGAUCCACUGAAGACAAGGGAAGUCAUCACCACACUGGGACAACUACUGGAAGGUCUUGUGAGCAGUAAGGGUGAGAUGCUGUGGAACAUGGACCCUGAGAGGUGGAAGAGAACCACCCUGGUGGAGAGAAAGAAGUUCAUAGAGACAGUCAGUCUGGCGCUCAUCCUCUCCUCAGACAGCUGGGCAAAAGACUGGAAGGACAAACGCUGCAACUGCAACGAUGGACCAAAGUAUAUGAUGACUACGGGACAGACGGUUAAUUUUUCAAUAACAAACUUCUGGAUUCCUGAUGGCUGGUGGAUUCUACAGAACAUUUCCCCUCUGGUCCAAACAUGGGAAUGGGGAACCACAUCCAACUUCCUCUUUAAGGUCCAAGAUACUAGAGUUCCGGAGAGCAUGGCAUCCAAAGAGAAGAUUCACCUGGUAGACGCUGCGUUAAAGAUCAACUCUCCCUACCCUUCCGUCCUACGCACUUCGAGGAAGGUCGACCUCAUCAUCUCCUUGGACUUCAGCGAAGAAGACCCAUUUGAGACGGUGUUUAGUGCCAAAAAGUAUGCGGAUGAGCUGAAGCUUCCCUUUCCCCCAGUGAAGGAGAGUGUGAGGGAGGAGAAAGACCAUCCUAAGGGCUGCUACGUUUUUGAGGGGCGAUGCCCUGAAGAGCCCACCGUCAUGCACAUGCCCCUGUUCAACCUGCAGAACUGCCAAGACGAGGACGAGAUUAAGAAGGAGAGGGAGAAGUACAAAACGUUACAGCUUCACUACGGUGCGCAGGAGAUCGACCACCUCCUGGAGAAGGCCCGGGCCAACAUGAGGAACAACAGAGACAGGAUCCUGGAACAGAUCAAAAUGGUCAUUCAACGCAGAAAGAAGCGCAUGUCAGUGGCUCAAUAGUUUUUAAUCAGUGGUGGAAAGUAUCUGUACUUUACUAUUAAUACUUGACAACUUUUACUUCAAGGCAUUACUAAAGAAAAUAAUAUUCUUACUCUAUACAUUUUCUCUGACUGCCGAAAUUAGCUUGUUACAUUUUGAAUGCUUAGCAGAACAGAAAAAGUGUAAUUCAUGCACUUAUCAAGAGGACAUGCUUGUUCCUCCCUACUGCCUCUGAUCUGGCAGACUGAUUAGAAGCACCUGCUGCGCAUCGGUUGCUCACCUGUGUUCCCUACAAAUGCUGUCUUGAAUCAAAAUGAUUUGUACCUACACACUGGAGAAAGUUGCAAUGUCUGUGUAGUUAUCCCUAAUGCAGUAAAAAUAAUAUAAAAAAAAUAUGUUUUAUGCAACAUCUGUUUGAGUUCGGACACAUCACACUCUUUGUCUGCUUCUGAGAGAUUGCGAUUGUCCCCUUUUUGAUUAGGACUCACUAAACACAUCCAUUGUUUGAUGUCUGAGUGUUGGCGUGUGCCCCUGGCUAUCUGUGAAAAAUAAAAU